UUAGAUCAGGCCAAACUACUGUUUGCACAAGAUGAGAAGUUUAAAGCAGGUUGGAAAUUUGAUCAUAUAUGGAACAUCAUCAAAAAUUUUGAGAAAUUUCAAGAUGGUCAAUCUAGUGGUAAGCAGGCAUCACGUAUGUCAAGCUUUGGAUAUGCCUCAUCAGAGUCAGAAAAUUUAACUCCUGAAUCUGGUAAACAACAAUCUCCUGGAAUAUCUACAUUUUCUCUAAAUUUAGAUGAUGAAGAAUACAGUGUUCGUGGCUCUCAGUCUGAACGACCAAUUGGGGU